ACACACACAAACGUACCUCAAAGGGAAGACACUCCAAGCAAAAUGCACGUGUCGUAAUUGCCCAUUCGGUAGACCGAAGUGUCUCACUCCCCCACUCUCCACUUCCCAUUGCAGUGGAAAACCAAAGCUCAACCCAAAUCGGACCCAACUCGGUUUCCACUCGGACUCGACUCAGUCUCCAAUCCCAUGGGGAGUGCCAGAGACCGAGACGACUCACUCGCAUUCACCAACCCAUCCACCUCCUCCUCCCCAAUCGUUAUCUCCGACCCGCUUGAAAGCUUCCUCUCCGACCCCAAUUCCCACAUCGGUAGCGCCUCCGGGAGCUUCCAGAACGAUGGCUUGCUUGCCGAUACCAGCGGGAGCAGCAGCGACGCCGAGUUCGGGUUCAACCGCCCCGAGUUCCGGACGAGCCAACUCGCCGGGACGGUGGAGUUUUACCAAAGACAUGUGUUUUUGUGCUACAAGAACCCGCAGGUUUGGCCGCCGAGGAUCGAGGCCGCCGAGUUUGAUCGGCUACCUCGGUUGCUCUACGCCGCCGUCAUGGCUAGGAGGGGCGAUAUGAAGAAAGAGACCCGCUUAACAAUAUGUGAAGGGCAUGAUGGAACUGAAACAUCAAAUGGCGAUGUAUUAAUUUUCCCCGACAUGAUCCGAUACAGGAGAUUGACACAUUUUGAUGUUGAUACAUUCGUUGAAGAAGUUCUUGUGAAGGAUGGUGAAUGGCAACCUGGAACUCCUGAAACUCUGACGGGUUCGUAUGUUUUUGUAUGUUCUCAUGGGUCCCGGGAUCGCCGUUGUGGAGUCUGUGGUCCUCCAUUGGUCAGUAGAUUCAGAGAAGAGAUAGAAUUACAUGGUCUUCAAGGUAAAGUGUCCGUUAGUCCAUGUUCACACAUUGGGGGGCAUAAGUAUGCUGGAAAUGUUAUCAUAUAUGGAUCAAAUUGCAACAGAGAAGUCUCUGGCCACUGGUAUGGAUAUGUUGCUCCAGAAGACAUAACUGUAUUGCUUGAACAGCAUGUCGGGAAAGGAGAAAUUGUAGACUGGCUAUGGAGGGGUCAGAUGGGUUUAUCGGAAGAACAGCAGAAGGAAUCUCAAGAACAAAGGCUCCAGCUUAACGGCGAGAGAGAUGUGGGAAAAACCACUACAGAGUUGACACAACCAAAGGAUAGGGGGAAUGCUAGUGUAUGUAGAUCUCAAGUUGAGAACGGGGGCUUUUGCCAGGGAAAUGGAAAGUCUUGCUGUCAGAAUGCUAUGAUAGAUAGUCCCGACUUGAAUGAGAUUGCACCGAAGGCAACAGGUGAAAAGAAAAAAAGCAGCAGGAAACUACUUUCACGAAAGAACAGUGGCAAAGGGGCAUCCACGCGCAAGGUUUGUGCAAUGCCAACAUGGUUUCAGAGCUGGGAGCGUGAAGAUACGCAUGCAGCUUUAGCUGUUGUUUGUGCCGCAGUGUCAGUUGCCGUUGCUUACAAGUGCUACAAACAGUUGAGCUGAAACCGCGGAUCCAAUCAGUGUUGUUUGAUCAUGUUACAGGUUAUUGUCAACCCCUCUUUUCCUCGAAACGUUAGUUUUCGCUUCCAGUUCUUACCGUGAGGCCCCUACCGAAUGAUCUGUGAUGUGCUUACAGAAAGCGAAAGGGUUUGGAUACGUUUGUGCAUAUGUAUAUAAGAACGCGCAGGCAGGAUACUUGAAUUAUCUUUGGUUUGGAUAUAAUUUGUACUUGUGCAUGUAUAUAUCAACACUUUCGGUAUAUUUUGGAUGCUCAUCAAUCUUAAUUGGAAGCAAAGCAUUUUCACUAC